CCGACGUGGAAGCAGUUCUCUCGGUCAGGAGAAAAAUAAAACGCAUUUUGAAAUAAGCGGACGGACAGAAACUACAUCAAGGAAUGGCCUCUGCUAACACUUCCUGGUCUGAAGAGAACUUUUCAUGUUCCAUCUGUCUGGAUGUGUUCAGCAUCCCAGUUUCCACACCAUGUGGGCACAACUUCUGCAGAACCUGUAUUACUAAGUUCUGGGAUGAACAAGUCAAGUACAAGUGUCCCGUUUGCAACGAGCUUUUCAACACAAGACCUGAUUUACGGGUCAAUAUCCUAAUUUCAGAGAUGAUUGAUCGGUUUGGAACGUCCCUACAAGUAAAAGAGCAGCCUUGUGUUGAACCAGCAGAAGUUCCCUGUGACGUCUGUACUGGGACCCAGCUGAAGGCCGUGAAGUCCUGCCUAGUGUGUCUUAUCUCUUACUGCCAAACCCACCUGGAGCCACACCAGAGAGUCACAGUCCUGAAGAAACAUCGGCUGGUCGAGCCUAUGGACCGUCUGGACGACAGGAUGUGUAAGAAACACGACCGACUUCUGGAGCUCUUCUGCCAGACUGAACAGGUGUGUGUGUGUCUGUUGUGCACAGAGACGGACCACAAGUCCCAUCCUGUUAUGCCUCUAAAGGAGGAAUAUGAAGUGAAGACGGCCCAGCUGGGGAAGAUAGAGGCUGAAGUUAAGCAGUUGAUCCUGGAGAGACAAAAGAAUAUUCAGGAGAUUAAAGACACAGUUAAACGCAGCAAAGCAGACGCAGACAGAGAGAUAGCUGAUGGUGUGCAGGUCCUCAAUGCUCUGAUGCGCCGCAUUGAAAAGUGCCAGGAUGAUCUCAACCAAAUGGUUAAAGAGAAACUGAAAUCCACAGAGAAACAAGCUGCAGACCUCAUCAGAGAGCUGGAGCAGGAAAUAGAAGAUCUGACCAAUAGAAGCUCAGAGGUGAAGCAGCUCUCACACACUGAAGACCACCUCCAAUUCCUCCAGACCUUCAGAUCCCUGAAGGAUCCUCCACCCCCCAGGGACUGGACCACGGUGGAGGUCCGUCCUCCGUCAUACGUAGGGACCUUGAGGAGAUCCCUGGAUCAGCUGGAGGAGACACUGAACAUGGAGAUGAAGAAGCCACGUGAUGCUGAACUGAAGAGGGUCCAGCAGUAUGAAGUAGAUGUGACUCUGGAUCCUGAUACAGCUUUUCCCUAUCUCACCCUGUCUGAGGAUGGGAAACGAGUAGAUAAUGGAGGUGUAAAGAUUAAGAAGAGACUCCGAGACAACCCUAAGAGAUUUACACAGUAUGUAUUUGUUCUCACGAGGCAGAGCUUCUCCUCAGGGAGAUUUUACUUUGAGGUCCAGGUUAAAGACAAGACUGUAUGGUGUUUAGGAGUGGCCAGAGAGUCCAUCGACAGAAAAGGUCGGACAGAGUUGACCCCUGAGAACGGUUACUGGGCUCUUCUCUACAACAAGGAUGUGUUGAUGUUUUGUGAUAACCCUGCUGUCCUUCUCCCUCUGAGAGCUGAGCUCCAGAAGGUGGGGGUGUUUGUUGAUUAUGAUGAGGGUCUGGUCUCCUUCUAUGAUGUGGAAGCCAGGGUUCAUCUCUACUCUGCUACUGGCUGCACCUUCACUGAGCCUCUCUAUCCAAUCCUCGGUCCAUGGAGCAACUCUACCCCCCUCAUCAUCUCACCUGUCAAUCAAACAGACUAGGACCUUUGUUUGGUAAUAAAAUAAUCAAACGACCAAAACAACUAAUGUUGUUUCCUGAAUUAGAAUCUCUACUAUGUGAGAUCUGUGAGAAUUGUAUUCAAAUCUUCCUCUUCACUGUCAUUUAAGGACUAAUUCAUUAAGCCACUAAUACUGUACUAUAAAAAUAUAACCCAUUAUAACCUAUAAGGCUACACUAUAAUGUUCAAUGUCUUUUAUCUGAAUGUUUUUUUAUAUUUUUAUUUAAUGAAAAAAAAAAAUUAUUAGAUAAGGUGAAACAUUGAUAUUGAUUACAUUAUCAUAAGUUGAUUUAACCAAACAGUAAUAUUUGUUUAUUAUUUUUUGAAUCAUGUUCGACAACACAAUACAAUGUUUGUAAACUUUUGAGAUUUGAAU